AUGUUUCCACCUGAAACUAUAACUUCGGGAACUAAAAUGGUCUUAGCCAAUGCAAUUUACUUUAAAGGAAAUUGGAAAAAGGAGUUUAACCCACAUAACACAACAAAGAGGAAUUUUCUGGACAAUUCUAACCAGCAAAAACAAGUUGAUAUGAUGUAUGACCAACGCUAUGUGGUUGCUGCUAAAUAUGAUCUAAAACCAGUACUUACGUCAUUAGGAAUUAAUGAAAUAUUUGACUCGCAGACAGCAAAUUUCGCAAAGAUGACAACCAUGAAAUCAGUUUUUGUAACUGACGCCCGUCAUAAGUCAUACAUAGAAGUCACAGAACAGGGUACGGAAGCUGCUGCUGCUACAACGAUUGAGAUGGGGCUUGGAAGUUCAAUGAGCGGACCUUUUCAGUUUGUGGCUGACCAUCCAUUCAUGUUUGUCAUACGGGAUAACAAUUCGGGAACUAUUCUUUUUAUUGGACGGUAUGCAAACCCAUGA